AUGCCUUGCAUGGUGGAGCUCCAAGCCCAGUGGGGACAUGAACAUGAAGAGGCAAUUGCGGCCGCAUCACUGCCCCUCGUCCUGUUAAGAGAGGCGACCGGCUCCUGCGCCAGACGGAGCGAGACGCUGCCACCGCCCGAGAGCGCACAGGGUCGGGGUAGAGGCGUCUACCGCCUGGGGCUGCCGGGCCUGGAGCGCGUCUUUCCCAGUUGCCUUGCGCGGCGCGAGGCGCUACGCCGCGACCGGAACACCGGGUUCCCAGCUGAUGCCCGAAGCCCCGGCCAAAACCCAACGCCUUCCGCAGGGGCGGGUGGGUGCGUCCUCGGGCUGGAGCGGAGCCUCCGGUCCCCGCGGCGCUCCCCGGUACCGACAGCGGGCGAGGAGGAACCUGGGUCCGCCUACGGCAGGAGCCCAGGGACUGCCCACAGCGCUGCAUGUAUGUCCCGCCAGCUGGACAGGCGUUUUCCGAUCGGGAACCGGCCGCGGGCUUCGCAGGAAUCUGCGUGGAAACCCCACCCCCACCCCGUUCCGCACCGGGCUGCGUCCCACCGAGGGCCGACCAGGGUCUGGGAAGGAGCCGGGGUAGGACGCCUGAGGUCCCUGGGCGCGCCCGGCUGCAGGAGCGGGGGGGGGGGGGGGACCGUCCUUCGUGACCUCUUCCUCGUGGCGGACAAACUCCUGUUAGCUUCGCUCAGAAGUCAGGCAGCGAUCGUGCUGACCACGACUGUCCCUGGCCUCCAGCGCGGCGGAAGGCCAAGCUGCGAAUGGCGAGCCCGUGCCUCGACACCGGCGUCCACUAGGCUUCGCUGGGAGCAGCCGCUUCUUGGCUUCCCCACCGCAGUGAGCGGCGACCGGGUAGCCGAUGGGACAGGUGCAGGGGCCCAAGGACUUGAGACAUCUUGUACUGCUAUCCCAGGACACAGCAGAGAGCUGGAUCGGAAGUGGAGCAACUAGGUCUCGAACCAGGGCCCAUAUGGGAUGCCGGUGCUUCAGACCAGGGCAUUAACCUGCUGCGCCACACCGCCGGCCCCAAGAAGUCAGGUUUUUUAGAUUUAUUUUAUAAAAUCCUAUAUGUCAUAGUUAAGAAUUGGGACACUAGUGUCCUGUCUUCGACCUUUUCUCUGCCUUUUACUGUAUGCCUUGCACAAGUCUCCCUACCUCUCUUGAGUACCAGUUCUCCAAGGAUUAUGGUGAGGUGGUUUUUUCCCUAAUUUUUAUUUAUUUUCAUUUUAUUUUAAAGGCAAGAGAGAAACCAUCAUGGGGCAUCUGAACAGUGAACCAGCAGAUGGAAGCUCUCUCUGUUUGUGUCUUUGUCAUUGCUCUCUCAAAUAAAUAAAUUUAAAAGAAAGGAGAAA